GGUUUCGUCCACCAUCUUGGGGUCAUUUAUUGGUGGCCUACUUUCUGUUCGUUCUAAGUUUCUCCACGCGUAAAGAUGUCUCUCGCACGUAUCAUCAGAUCUGCGAUGACAUGGGGCAUCGCAAGUUUCUACGGCUCCGUAAUGCUCGUUACCAUGACGCUAGGCGCUAUCAGGCGCGGGCCACGAGCGUUCUUCGGCUACAAGGUUCGGCAGGACCGCCCCAAGUGUCUGGACGACCCGGAGCUGGGCACGCACGGGUACGUGCGGCUGAAGAGCAGCGGGCUGAGGUUCCACUAUGUGGCGGCAGGGGAGAGGGGCAAGCCGCUCAUGCUGUGUCUGCACGGCUUCCCGGAGUGUUGGUACUCCUGGAGACACCAACUCAAGGAGUUCAGGAACUCCUACCGUGUUGUCGCCCCCGACCUUCGCGGUUACGGUGAGACGGAAUCCCCACAACCAUUCGGUUAUUGGGGAUGGCCCAACUUCAGUGUGUCCCACCUGACCAAUGACGUGCGAGAGUUGAUCGAGGCUUUAGGCUACAGUUCCUGUACCCUGGUGGCACAUGACUGGGGCGGUGUGGUUGCCUGGCAGUUCGCUAUUGACCAUCCUGAUCUCGUGGACAAGUUGAUCGUGAUGAACAUCCCACAUCCUGGCAUCUUUGCGAAGUACAUGAGCACCCAUUUCUCCCAGUUCCGCCGCUCCUGGUACAUGUUUCUCUUCCAGUUGCCAUGGCUACCAGAGAUCUUAGUGAAAUCCUUCGACUUUGAGAUGAUCAGUGAUUGCUUCAAAGGCAAAGGGAUGGGCUGCAGGCGCCGUGAUGCCAUAACAGACGAGGACUUAGAAGCCUUCAAGUACACCUUUGCCAGACCUGAGGCCAACAUGUCUGGAGCCAUCAACUACUACCGUGCUGCCUUCAAGGCACCCCCACCCCGCAGCUACAAGGGCACAAAGGUGACGUGCCCCACCCUGAUGAUCUGGGGGGACCAGGACGCGGCCUUAGAGGUGGGGCUGACUGAGGGGACGGACAAGUUUGUACCUGACUUUACUCUGAAGAUGGUGCCGGGAGCCAGCCACUGGGUACAGCAGGACCAGCCUGAGGUGGUCAUUGGGAUCAUGAGGGAUUGGCUGAAGUAGAUCAAUAGCAGGCAUCUUAGCCUGGAUGCCAGGCCAUUUCUAGGUUGUACACAAGCAAGCUCUUCAGCUCCUAGGGAAUAUUACCACAGACACCCUCAGACCCUAAGAUAUGGAACUGGGGAAUGUCUGUGGUAAAAUUUCCUUGGGGGUAUGUUGGCCCUCAAACUUCCUUGUGUAGGCUGUGGGCCUAUCUCUAAUAAUGGUACAAAAUGCAUUCCAGCACUACCCAUUGUCCUGACAUACCUGAAGGCUUGGAUCAAUAGAUCCUAUUCAAGUUGCUGAAGAAUUGAAAUUACUAGAGUACAGAAGUGAUAUCAUGUUUGCAGUGAGAACUUUAAAGAUCAUAAUCUCCUUUCUUGAUAAAUGGUUUUCUGGACCAAGAAAUAGAUUCUAUAAAUUUGAAGACAAAUUGCUCAAGAAUAAAACCUUCUAGAGUUCAGUAGUAAUUACAUAUUGGUGCAGUGUAUGAUGUUUGCUGUGUGAACUAGGAUUAUAUUCUCCUUUCUUGGCAAAUUGUUUUCUAGACAAAGAAAUUAAUUCUAAUAUGAAGACAAAGUCUUGGGUUAUUUUUUCAAAUGAAUGUGCAGUUCCAGAAUUUCUAACAGUGACAUAUGAAUUGAUUUGUAUCAAUUUUGAAAUUGAUAUGAAAUCUAUUGAUUUGUAUGAGUAGUAGUGUGUAAAAAUAUAUUAAGAUGAUCACAAAAGUGGCAAACGAGUACUUCAUAUUCUGGACAAGGAGGUUGAAUAGCUAGGGGAUUCAACCUCCUUGUUCUGGGCAAGUCAACCAUCAUCAAGGUACUUUUGUUACUGUAAUCAAGGAUCUAUGAAAUGGAACCUGUUUGUGAUUUAAUAUGGUGUAUUGUAACUUGCAUUGUAAAUGCCAGCAGGCAAAGAAUUAUGAGACAAGUAAUAGUUACCCCAUGGGCGGGGCGAGUUUUCUGUGUAUAUCACCAGGCCCGCCUACCGAAAGUCCACAAUCUUUCUUGUUAUUGCUUGAAAAGCUGUGACAGACAGUGUCAGGCUGUAACAACACAAGGUCAUUAAUCUUGUCAAGACCUUCCAGGGCAAGGUGCCUGGAGAGACAGAAAGUCUGGUCAUAUUCCUCUGGGGAAUUAGAAGUCUAGAGUAGGAUUGGUCAGUUAUCACAUGACACAAUUCUAGUCCCAGAAGAUGGGCUCAAAGGUAAGCGAGGAUUGGUCAGAACAGGUCACAUGCGUAGAUUUCUUGAUAUUACUAGUAGUAGUACCACACUUUUCUUCUGAAAUCACCACACUUUUCUCCUGAUAUCACCACACUUUUCUCCUCAUUUGCAUGAAAUAGCAACACACUUUUUUCAUAGCGACAUACUAUGUGGAUAUAGCAACAGAAAAUGGGGGCUUCUCAUUGGCUGAGGGGAAGUAGCCAUGGGCUAAUAAAGGUUUUUUGAAUUAUAAAA